GUGACUUUUUACUUGUUUAGACUUGGGAGUAUAAUUGAUAGUUCUUUGACUUGAGAGAAUAAACCAUAUGAAAGUACAGGAUACCAAAGCAAAAUAGAGAGCUUUUAAAAUUCUCAGCAAUUUGCAACUUUAGGAAUCAUAAAUUUGUUUAUUUCGGAAGGUCGGCAGGAUAAAAGCAUGAUAUUAUUCUAUUCCCUUAUGUUAAAUUAGACACCGCCAUUUCAAAGCCUUACCUCUUUUCAGAUGGAGAUUGAUUCCCCAUGUUUCCAAAUCUUUCAUUAAAAGCUCACAAUUCUAACGCCAAACAUAUAUCCAUCAAUUCCACCGAGCUGAGGCCCUCACCAUCGUCAAUAUUCAAUAACCAUGAACACCUACUCAACUCCUCCCUCAACCGCUGAUUACAACAACCAUAGCGUUAGUCCUUAUGUUCAACUAUCCAAUUCAUCUGGCAGGCGUCCUAUGGUUAAGAUGUUUGGCGUGUUCAACCGCUGUGGGAAAACAGUUGAAGAUGCCACUAGAAAAGCAGAGAACAUUGCAGACAAUUUUUGGCAUCACCUGAAAGUUAGUUCUAGUUUCACCGAUGCAGCUAUGGCAAGGCUUGCUCAAGGAACAAAGGUUCUGGCUGAAGGGGGUCAUGAUAAGGUUUUCCAUCAAACAUUUCAUAACUUACCAGGAGAGAAGCUCUUACACACAUAUGCCUGCUAUCUAUCAACCACUACUGGACCUGUUAUUGGGACACUUUAUAUAUCCAAUAGGAGAAUAGCCUUUUGCAGUGAUUUCCCACUCUCUCUCUAUUCUCCCGCAGGGAAUCCAGAGUCCAUGUAUUACAAGGUUGUGGUACAGAUUGAUCAAUUGAGAGCAGUGAAUCCUUGUGCAAACAGAUGGAACCCAUCAGAAAAAUACAUACAUAUGGUCACAAGGGAUGACCAUCAAUUCUGGUUCAUGGGUUUCAUAUCAUAUGACAAGGCCAUUAAGAAUCUAAAUGAAGUUUUACACCAAUCUCGUGGUGAGAAUCCUGGGGAACUCCGCAGGCAGAUCUAAGAAAUAGAAUUUGGGUGUCUUAUCUAUCACCUUUCGUAUAUUUAUAGUCUAUGCUUAAUUAAGAAUUUUCCUUCUUUUUUGUUAUGAUAUAAUAUUUGACACAUAUGUGCUGCUAGAUAGUUGUUUGUUUGAUGUCACAAUGUCAAUACAUAAAUGGAAGAAAGUGAAUUAUUAUUGUAAUAUUUAUAAACAAUUACCAAUUUACAAUCUUUCAAUGAAUAAAUAUUUGGAUUU